CAAGCGACAGAGGCCAGGUGUGGUGUGCAUUGGUGUGGUGUGCAUUGCAUGCAUAAAAGGUUGUUGGUACCCAGCAUUUUUGGAAUUUGCAAAAUACUUUUCGCCGCAUGUCAACUUCGCAUGGUCCACACGCACGCAUCACGCUGCCUUUCUUUGCAGAUCACGCAUCACGCUGCUGCCUUCUUUGCAGAUUACACGUUGAGACUAACCUCACGGGCCCCACUUCGCAGGCGUGCAGCGGGUAGAGAACGGGCAGCAGCGGCCAGAGCCGCGGCCAGAGAUGCCGAGAGGGCCAGGCGAGAGAGGGAGGCUAAUGUGAAGCGGAGAGAUCUUGCGGAGUUUCACGCUGCUAGGCCGCUGGAAAAGUUGGGUUGGGCCAGAUUAGAGAUGCAAACGAAUUUCCAGCAGCCCAUGACCGCCCGGAGGAUGCACGUGUGCACAGUGUGCUCUGAACGUUGGGACACCGCAGAGGACGGACCAGGGGACGGACCAGGGGACGGAGGUGCCGUCUACAGUUGUCCGCGGUGCAAGAAGGACAAGAAGAGUCCGAAGCUGUUCUCCGCCGACAACACCAUGGAUCCUGGGAGCGUACCCGUCGAGCUCCAGGGCCUGACCCAGACGGAGGAGAUGCUCAUCGCGCGGUGCUGUCCGAUCAUGCGCGUCCUCCACCUCAAGGGUGGGCAGCUAGGGUACGGUGGCCAUGUCGUCAACGUCGCUCAGGACAUCAGUACCUUAGCCGCUGCCCUCCCCAGGUUGGCCGCCGAUGUACCGAUCAUCAUCAUCCGGAGGGAGGGGCAGGAACCCGGCCAGCACAAGGACCUACACGUGCGGAGGGCUCGCGUGCAACGGGCUUUGCAAUGGCUCAUUGCCAACAACCCGUACUACCGCGACAUCGUCCUUGACAACACGGCCCUAUCCCAGCUCCCCGUCGACGGGCAACUACGUGGACUGCGAACCACCGUCAGCGGGGGAGACUCGGAGCGUGACCUUGGCCCUCGGGGGGAGGGGGGAGGGGAGGAGGACGGCGAUACCCCCGAGGACACGGAGUCCUUUAUGGCUCCGGCAGGCAAGAGCAUGCUCGAGGACCGCGCGAUUGAAGCAGCCCUGCGGAGGCAGGUGAGGGAGAGCGGGGCGGAUGUUCCGGUCAACGCCUGGCCUGGGAUGGAGGCGACCGCCCUGAACGAGUUCAAGACAACAGGCCUCGCGUCCAUGGCCUUCCCCGCCCUCUUCCCAUGGGGGAAGGGAGACCCCACCGACCCGGCACGGUCCAGGAGCGUCAAGCCCACCGACGGCAUGAGACACCUUCUCAAAUUCUUCCGGGACGGUCGCUACCGCUUUGCAUCUCACCCCCGUUUUCCUCACUGGUGCCAGAACAUGCUCGAACGCCACAGGAUGCUCAGCCAGGCGCAGGUCUACCUCAAGCAAAACCCAGGGGACGCCGCCAUGACGAUAGAGCACAUGAGGCAUCUGUUCCGGUCGGGUUCGCCGCUGGCGCAGCAGCUCACACAGCGCAUGUGCCGGUACGGCGCCAACAUCACCGGGUCUAGGCCGUACUGGUACGCCAAGCAGCAGGAGCUCCAGGCGAUUUUUGCCACCAAGGGCUGCGCUACUCUCUUCUUCACGCUCUCUGCCGCCGACACCCACUGGGACGGCCUCUUCGACCUGAUGCCACCAGGGUACCAGGACUCCCCAGCGGGCAAACGGAGGGCCCUCAUUGAAAACCCGCAUAUCGCCGACACCUACUUCGGCAACAGGGCGGACGCUUUCACCUCCGCCUUUUUCGGCGGUGUACUCCAAGCCCAGUCGCUGUGGUACAGGCUUGAGUACCAGGGGAGGGGUAGCACGCACGCGCACGGAUGUGCCUGGCUCCAAGACGAUCCCGGUAUCGUCAACCUCGUCUGCAAAGCGUACGCUGGGAGGAAGGCGGCCGAACGGAUGGAGGCGGCCGAGGGCCUGGCCGCCGGACAGGGGGGGAUCGGCGACGAGGAAGAACGCCAGGCUCUGGAGCGAGCCGUCGCCGACGGCAAAACAGCGGACGACAAGGUUUGCAGAUACGCCGAUUGGCUCAUCUGCACCGUCAACACUCGGUCUACGGAGGAGCGCGCCGCCCAUCCGGGGGGAGUGCCAGACCCUCACCCAUGCUCCGUCAACCCCUUCAAGCACGGGCCUGUCAGCGACGAGGCCACAGGCCGUGCCGACAUCGACGGACUCAUCAACUGCUGCCAGCGCCACGUUUGCCGUCCUGAAGGGUACUGCAAGCGCGCUGGGCGGCAGGGGUGUCGCUUCGGCUUCCCGCACGAGUGUCAACCCGAGACCUCCUUGCAGUUCGAGGAGAUGGACAACGGCUCCGUGAGAGCCACCAUCAAAACCAAGCGCAACGACGGCAAUCUCAACAGCUACUGCCGCCUUGCUCUCUCUCAUUGGCGGGCGAACAUCGACUUCCAACUCAUCUUGGACUGGGACCAGGCGGUGCGGUACAUGGUGAAGUAUGUGAGCAAAGGAGAGAAGCGGUCGCCCGCCGCCGCCGACGUCUUCGCCCGGGCCAUCGGUCGCGCGGACGAUGACGCUGACGAGGCGCAAACAGUCCUGCGAAGCGUGUUCCUCAAGUGUACGGGCGAGCGCGACAUUUCCGCCCAGGAGACGGCACGGCUGCUCCUCGGGAACAAGCUGUGCUCUUCUUCUUUCAGCUUCGUACGCCUCGUCGUCGACCCUUCCACCAGCACACGCCAGGUUAACCUCGACGGUGCGGCGGGGGAGGGCGCCCUCAAGAAAUCCAUGCGGGACCUCUACGCCGGCCGGCGCAGCGUCAUCGACAAGUACCCAUCCAUCAUGGAUGUUAGCUACUUCCAGUUCCACCAGCUGUACACUCGAGACCGGGGGGGGGGGGUCACGGCGAGAGACGGCGCGGGCAGCCUCGUCGUCAUCAAGCUGCCUGCCCUGCCGUGCUCUCCGGGGAGCGCGCGGCAUCUUGAGGCCUGCCGCAACAACCUCUUCGCCCACAGGCCAUGGGAGGAUGAGCCGACAACAGCCUGCCGCGACAUGGGGGCAGUCACGGACCUGGAUGCCUCAGCCUCCAUCUCCGGAGAGGAACCCAAGCUCGCCCUGCUGUGGGACGCCUUCGUCCAAGCCAACCAAGACCUGCCCGAGCUGCGCUUCGGCGACAUGCUGGCAGGGCGGCUGUCUCUUGCCCGCCGAGAGGCCGCGUCCACGGCCGAAGACGACGACGACGACGGCUUGCUCUUAGACCAGCCCGACGAUUGGAUGGAUGGGGCCAACAUGCGGCGAAGAGGCGCCGCCAGGGAAGAACAGGAGGUUGACACAAGGUGGGACGCUGAAUACAACUGGGCCGGCGCCCGAGCGACUGAGGUCCAACAUGAGCUGGAGAGAGGGCCAACGUGGAUUGCGAACGCCAAGAAAGCUGCAGCCGGCACUGGCCCCGCCACCGAGAUUCCUCAUGUGGCUCCGGACUCUCUCAAUGAGCGGCAACGCAAUUGCUACGACGUCGUCAGGGACCACUUCGAGAACGAGCGCGAGGAGCCACUGCGCAUGAUGGUUCUCGGGACGGCAGGCACGGGGAAAUCAUACCUCGUGUAUGCCCUCUCCAGGCUGCUCGGCGGCUUCCUUCGACGGGCAGCUCCAACCGGUAUGGCGGCCUUCCUCAUCGCCGGCAGCACGCUGCACAGCCUCCUCCGACUGCCGGUGAGGCAAGGAAGGAAUCUCCAGGGUCAAAGCCUCAAAGCCCUGCAGAAUUCCCUUACUGGCGUCAAGUACAUCAUCAUCGACGAGCUAUCGAUGGUCAGCCAGUCCCAGAUGGCGUGGGUCGAUCGACGUCUGCGACAAGGGACAGCUGUAGACAAACCCUUCGGCGGAAUCUCCCUGAUCAUGACCGGCGAUCUGGGCCAGCUGCAACCGGUGGGAGGAACUCCGCUGUACAAGCAAAACCCAGCUGCCGCGCUCAACGUUGAAGGCUAUGCCGCCUACAGCCUCUUCCAGGACGUCUUCAUCCUUGACAGAGUUCAGCGGCAGACGGCAGCCGCCGCCAACGACGACGACCAGAGAGGCUUCAUCGAACUGCUGCCGCGUGCGCGUGAUGGACAGCUUUGCGACGAGGACUGGGACCUCCUCCUGAAGAGACAGCCCAACCGCCUGACCGCCGCUGAGAAAGCGGCUUUCGAGGACGCAACGAGGCUCUUCUACUCCAAGAAAGAGGUCAACAAGUACAACGGCAAGAAACUCCGGGAGCUGGACAACCCCGUCGCUCGUGUUAGCGCCGUCCACACGGGCGCGAACGCCAGGAGGGCGACAGCAGACACCGCGGAGGGGCUCGAGAGGGACCUCUACUUAGCCAAGGGAGCGAAGGUUAUGCUCUCGAAGAACCUGUACCAACAAGUUGGGCUGGUGAACGGCAUUAGAGGCGAAGUCGUCGAGUUGGUGUGCGCAGAUGAUGCGCCCCCGCCGAAGCUCCCCCUUUACGUUGUCGUCAAGUUUGAAGGGUACUCGGGGGGGGAAUGGUCGUCUCAGGAGAGGUAUAGACGUUGUGUCCCUAUUUCUCCCGUCGACACCACCUGGCAGGACGGGGGGACGCAGGUCAGGACGCAGCUGCCCCUUAGGCUCUGCUGGGCAAUUACGAUGCACAAGUCCCAGGGGCAGACUUUAGCCAAGGCCGUCAUUGACUUGGGGCCCAAGGAGGCCUGCACGGGGCUUACUUUCGUCUGUCUCAGUAGGGCGAAGAGACUUGUGGACCUCAUGGUAGAGCCCAUGAGUUUCGACAGGAUUGGUAACCUUGGAAAUUCGCCGACGAUGAAGGCUAGGCUGCAGGAAGAGGUUAGACUUGGGGAGUUAGCACAGAGUACGAGGGUCAAGUACACGGACAUGGGCGUCUUCAGCGCCGUCGCGGGUAACCAAUGACGUGAAUUGCAAAGAGAAAAAGAAGAAGAAAGGGUCUCUUCCACCUCCCGCGGACGCACACGUCUGACGACAGUUACAUCUAUCAGCUGUCGCUCGUUUUAGCGACAGCUACUAU